AUGGGCUACUCUCAAUGGGUUUCUAUCACGCUGCAGAACUCCAGCGGCCAAGAUAUCCAGACCGCGAACGUCAACCUGCCCUGGGGAAAGUUUUACGCAGAUGACAACAAGGGCCGUGAUAUCCCGGCGUCAAGCGUCGUCGAUCAGGACGUCCCCGCCGGCGAUAGCUUUACCGUCUACUCGUGCGGGCGCGAGGACUCCCCGACAGGUACAGAAGGCUCGUUUGAUGUCGUCGACGCGAGCUCGGGUGCCGUUAUCCGCACGAUCUCGUGGCACUGCCCCUACGUAGGGGAUAACACUUUCAAGUUGUUGGACUCGAAUGAUGCAUGGGCCGUGGACACCUCGGGAUUCUCGCAGCAUGGUGCCCUUGGUCAGAUCACGGUGGCGUUCAGCCAAUUUUAG